AUGCAGGCUUGGACCUCAAUGCACAAGUUCAGCAAGCAGUAUGGCGGGCUGUUCGCAUGUACACUUGGGGGCGAAACGCACAUCUGGGUCGCAAGAGAAGAUGUUGCGCAAGACUUAAUGGUCAAGAAUGCUGAGCUGAGUUCGGCGAGGGCAGAUAUUGGGUCUUUCCCAGGGGUGACACAGGACUUUUUGUACUUGCCUCUGCUCGGGUACACAGAUCACUUCCACCGUCAAAAACGAUUCGCAAACGCAAUGAUGACCCGCGCAGCUAAGAACCAAUACUACGGUCACAUCCAGCUUGAGAUGAAGCGCUUCAUGCACGAGCUCUCCCGAAAGCCAGAAGACUUCUUCACUCUUACCCAUCUCUUCUGCGCUAGAAUCAGCUCUCGCCUCGCGUAUGGCACCGCCGAUCGUUCGAUAGAGCACAUGAUCAACGCCGGCGCCUUCAUCUCCCAACUUGGCCCUUCUGGGCCCAUACCUAAUCUCAUGCCGUUCCUAAGAUACUUCCCUGAGUGGAUGGCGCCGGGCCAGCGCGGAGUGCGAGAACGCCGAGAAAAGGAAGCAGCGCUGUGGAAAGACACAUUCGAUCAGGCAAAAGCAUCCAAAGAUAAGACAAUUUACACGACCGCAAGCUUGGCUACCAAAGCUAUUGGCUCCGAUACCGACCUUCUUUUCGCUGAUGAGGAAGAGGCCAUAGCUGCAGUUGGUAUGCUCUGCACUGUCGCGAUCUAUACUAUUGGCGGACCGGCGACGCUGUUCGUCAUGGCUAUGGUUCUGCAUCCGGAAUGGCAAGAGAAAGUACGCCAGCAGAUCGAUGAGGUAGUUGGGAAGGAUGAGAUGGUGGACUUGAAGCACAGUCCCCAGUUACCGAUCUUGAGGGCAGCUAUCAAGGAAUGUGUGAGGUGGAAGAGUACUGUUCCACUCGGCGUCCCUCGCCUACUCUCGAAGAACUACACCCACUCCGGCUACCACUUCCCCCGCGGCGCCGUCGUCCACGUCCUCGACAUCGCCAUGUCUCAAAACCCCACCACCUACUCCUCUUCCCCUCCCUCCGUCUACGACCCCUCCCGCUGGCUCGACCCUUCGUCCCCCAAUUUCAAGUCUCCACUGACCGAACACCCACGCUUGAAGGGCCAUCAUAUCUUUGGGAGGGGCAAGAGAGUGUGUCCCGGCCAGGAUCUUGCGGAGGCGGAGCUGUUGGUCUUUUGUGGAAACGUGGUCAAGAAUUUCGAGCUCGAGAAGAAAGACGGAAUAGAGAUUGGGCCGGACCAAUGGACACCGCAUGUCAUCGGGGGACCGUUGCCGUUCCCCUGCGAGAUCAAGGUGAGAGAUGAUCAGAAGGCGAGAGUGGUUGGGGAGUGGUGGGAAGAUGUCAGAGGGGGGUAA